UCAGUUUUGGUUGCUUCUUCUUGCUGAAUUUCGAAAUUUCAAUGUACACUCCUUCUUGCAAGAUUUGAGGGCAUUUUUUGUUUGUUGUGUUGCUCUUGUUGUGUACUAUCUAUAGUGAAAGUUGAUUUGUCAAUUGUAUCUCUAUGCCUCGGUUGUGUGAAUCAUUGAAGCAUCAAGCAUUGGUGCAGCUUAGGAGUGGUGUUUCUACAAGAAAAGUUGCAGACUCACUUGGAAUGAGUCAGUCUUCAGUAGCUCAUUUGAGGAGGGAGUUUAGUGGUGAAAUAGAAAAGCAAAGAGGAGGACGUCCAAAGGUUUUAGGAGAGCAAGAGAAGCGACUUGGUGUGCACCUUGUCACUGCUGGUUGUCUCAAAACGGCAAGUGCAGCUGCAAAACAACUUCGAGAAAAAACAGCCAUUUCAGCUCCUUCGAUGGCCAGCUCAAUCUCCAGAUUUGAAUCCAAUGGAACAUUUUUGGGCCCUUCUCAAAGAGCGUUUAAGCCAAGUCACUCCAAGGCCAAGAGGUGUUUAAGAAUUGUGGGAGAAUGUUUGUAGUAUUUAUCCUAGUUUUGAUGCAAAAGAUUGUGAGAAACUAUACAAAAGUAUGCCAAGAAGGAUUUCAGCUGUUUUGGAAGCAAAAGGUUAUUGGACUAAAUAUUGAAGUUUGAAGAUUUUCUUUGAACAAUACUGAGUACAAGAUAUAGUUGUUGAUUUGACUUUGUAGAAGGAUAUUUAGUUAUCAAUUUGAUGUGCAACUUUGUACAUGUAUACAAGACUGUGUGUAUUAUUCCAUGUAACUUUCAGAUUUAUAAAGCAAUCAUUGAAAUUUCUGUAAUUGCUCUUGAAA